CUUGCAUGGUUGCAGAAAGCGCGUUGAGAGCGGUGGUUCUCUAACCAUUGUGCAAGCCGCAGAGGCGCUUGCGGCGCAUGCUGGGAUGUGUAGUCCGCGCCAAGCUUAACACGCCUAGGUGAGGGUGGUUGGGAAACUCUCUCAAGGGUCUCGGGUGGGCAGGUGCCUCUGGAGAACCCAGACCUCCGACCAUGGAGUCUCAGUACAGUGCUGCUCUAGGUGUCCUUGGCAGCGACAGCCUUUUCCUUCAGGCUCGCUUCCCCGUCCCCCAGCGGUGGCCGGGGCACUGAAGUCCGCGCUGCCGCCCAGGGGAAAGUGUCAGCUUCCUGACAGCGGCUGCAGAUGGGAGCACUUGCUCCGCCAGGUGAAUGAGAGGGUUAAACCUACCGAGACCGUUCGCUGCCACUUCCUAGAACGGCACGGGCCGGUGGACAUUUCCGUUUCCUGUGCUGGAUCCCUGGGUUCCGAGUGUCUCCAGCUCUGGUUGUGCUUGUGAGCUGAGUGGUUGGUAUCUAGGAAACGGGACGCUCUUACCGCUAUGGAGUCAGUGGCUGCAGAAACGGCAAGGGAGGACUCCGAUGGGGCAGAGCAGCGGCGGAACCGGUCUUCGGGAUCCCAGGGAGUCCCGAGGUCCGCCUUCGAUUGGGGAGUUGUUCCACCCAAGCGGCCGUUCCUGGUGUGGCCGGGGCAGCCAGCCGCCCGGGAAAUGAUGCUGGGCCUGCGGUACCUACGUACGUCAGUCUCUAGCCCUGGAGAGGAAGAAGCCCCUGCCAAGACCAACUCUCCUGCAGUCCACAGAGCCUUUGAGUGCCAGGAGUGUGGACUGACCGCAGCCUACCUCCCUGACCUCAUUCACCACCAAAGCAGGCACGGGGGUGACAAGCCCUACUGCUGUCCGGCGUGUAGCAAAAGCUUCCGACGGGGCUCAGAUCUGAUUAAGCACCACCGGGUACACACUGGUGAGAAACCGUAUCCCUGUCCUGAGUGUGGCCGUUGCUUCAGUCUGAGCUCCAACCUCAUCCAACACCGUCGCUCCCACUCAGGCCUCCGGCCCCACAAGUGUCUGGAGUGCGGGGAGGCUUUUGGCCUCAGCUCCGACCUGGUUAAACACCAGCGGGUGCACACGGGUGAGAAGCCUUACACCUGCGCUGAGUGUGGUAAGACUUUCAGCGUUAGCUCCAACCUGAUCCAGCACCAGCGCACGCACACGGGCGAGAAGCCCUACCGCUGCGGGGACUGCGGCAAGCGCCUCAGCCUGAGCUCCAACCUGGCGCAGCACCAGCGCUCACACACGGGUGAGAAGCCCUACAGUUGCUGUGAGUGUGGCAAGAACUUCACCAACAGCUCCGACUGCCUACGGCACCAGCGCGCCCACAGUGGAGAGCGGCCCUUCAAGUGUCCCGAGUGUGGCCGUGGUUUCAGUGAGCGCACCCAGUUCACCGAGCACCAGCGCGUUCACAUGGGUGAACGACUCUAUGCCUGCCCAGAAUGCGGCAAAACCUUCUCCCACAGCUCCAAGCUCCUUAAACACCAGCUCUCGCACACAGGCGAGAAGCCCUAUAAGUACCCCAGCUGCAGCAAGAGUUUUGUAGACAGUUCCAAUCUGCUGCGGCACCAGCACACUCACACGGGCCAGAAGCCUUACACUUGCGGCGAGUGUGGCCAGAGCUUCCGCCAGCGCUCUCACCUGCUCGUCCACCAGGUGGCGCACAGCGGGGAGGAGCCCUACGUCUGCCUGCAGUGUGGCAAGGCCUUUGCCCGCAGCUCCAACCUGGGCCAGCACCAGCGGACGCACCAGGGUGGCAGCCCCUGCCGGUAUCCCUGACUUAAGUUGCAGCCCAGACUUCAGCUCUGACUUUGGUCCAGUCCUCAAGGACCCUGAGGGGAGCAGCAUUUCUCAGCAAACCUCGCUUCUGCUCCUUCAGGGCUGGCGAUCUGUGGGCUGAAUCAGGGAACCCCAGGCUGGAGGAGUCGGAACAGAAAAGUGGGCUUAGGCCUGUUCUGUGAGUCCCUGGAGACGGGAUUCCAGCUGGAGGGAGAGUUUGGGGAUGGCGAGAGCUGGCCCAGCUGCUUUAAGAUGCAGAACACCGUCGGCAGCUGCUGACCAGAGCCCUUCACAGACCUAGGGAGUGAUGGGGCUGAUCACACAGAGGAGUGGGGAUCGGCGCCAGGCAAGCCCCCCCUGAGGAAGGCAGUGGAGGAGGAAGGGUCGGGGAGGUCCUGAUCUCCAGAGGGGACCAUGAGGAAGGCUGUGUUCUAGCACAAGGAUCAGAGAGUUUGAAUUUGGGACCAUUAGGUGAGCUAUGGGGUGUAUGACCCCUUUGAAAGAGAACUGUCUUUACAGGGUGACGCUGGUGGGGCCCAGGGCCAGGGCAAAGGACCAGGAGGCCUGUCUGUUGAGUUCAGGGGAUGCCCGGUGGCAUUUCUAGGCAGGGGCAAAAGGCCCGAAGUUGGUCGUCUGCCCCUUCCUCUUCUUUAGUCUCGUCCCUUGCAGGUUCCCCAGGCUCUUCCUCUGAUCCCUCAACAGAGGAGAAAAUGGUGAUGAUUCACUUGUGCCCAGACACUGGGGGCUGGACAUGGCCCUUUUGCCUGGGCACUGGGGCAGGCUGCCUACAUAAACAAAUAUUUGUCUAUUGGUAAAACUUAACACUAUAUGAGAGCCAGAGGGAGGCUUUCCGAAGCACUGCACAGUGUGUGCCCAGAGCAGAGUCUAAGCGGUGAGGCCCUGCUCUCCUCCCCAUAGCUGGCUGUGUUCCUGGGAGAGGCACAGAAUGUAUCCCUUUUGAGGUUGGGGGAGGCCUAAUGCUCACCCCAUGGGACCGUGAGCCUCAUGCAUCUGGUGCCCUGUCCCCAAACCUUGCCUCUUCUCAGGCUUGAUGCAUCUAGAACUGUACCCACAGAGAACAGGGGCCAAAGGGAAGGAAUGUGAGGUAACCCCUCUCUCGGCUUCUAGCACAGAGUGUCCAGGCUUCUCUCUUCAUAACUGUGUGACCUUGGACUGUCUGCCGCUUCUGAGCUUCAGUUUCUUCAUCUGUAAAACAGGGAUGAUGAUGGUUACCUCCCAGGAUUGUGGUGAGCGUUCCAUGGGAUCACCCACCUGAAACACCUGGGUCAAGGAAGGGUCUUGGCAAACCUCGGCUCCCCACUUUUCCUCAAGCCUAGCGCCCUGUCACUGGUGGGGUCGGUCCACAGGCAUCACACCAGCACACUUACUAGCUUCUCCCGGAGGUUACAGAAAUGAGCAAGACAGCCCCAGUCCCAGGGUAGUUUGGUGUCGUGAAGGAGAUGGACUCAUGCCUGAUGCUGGCACUGGAGAGAGGACGUCACCUAGAGCAAGUCUAAGAGUCUUCACGAAGGUGACAUCUAAUGGAUGCCACUGUCUCCUCAAGCUGGGCCUGUGAUGAAGGGAAAGGUUCUGGCAUGUUCCCCACCAACGGCAUCUCAGAGAGCACAAGCCAGGGUCUGAGCUGAAGGCCUGAGUCAGGCGCAUCCAUAGUAGGCACUCAAUAAGUGGUUGUUAUAAUCAGGUCCUGUUUAUACUCUUACUAGUGACCUUGGGGCCUCAGCUUCCUCAAAGCUGGAUUGCAUUCUCUGCAAAAUUGUAGCUGCAGAUGGACAUUAGGUACAUGGCAGCAGUGGGCAUGGGAGGAGGAUUUGUUUGCAAAAUCCCUUUCAGUCAACUGGAAGCUAAUUUCUCACAUUAAGGUAAGUAGCCCCGCACCCCAUCUCCUCUCAAUUGUAGAAAUAGGUCCACCCGGAGCAGGGAGGCAGGCCAGUCCUUGGAAACAGAAGGAUGGGCUUAAUCCAACAGGGGUUUAUCUGGCCUUCCCUGUGCCCUGGGCUGGGAGGAGAGGCAGCCUCACUGCCCAAGCACGUGACCAGUGCUGAGGCCAGAGACGGCAAACGUUUGUUUUGGCCUUCACUGUGUGUGUGUGUGUGUGUGUGUGUGUGUGUGUGUGUGUGUGUGUGUGUGUGUGUGUGUGAACUAUUGAGCUAACUAACUUUUUUAUUAUUAUUAUUUUUUUGGGCUGAGUGGCUCCUGAGAUCUUAGUUCCCUGACCAGGGAUUGAACCUGAACCCUCAGCAGUGUGAAGUCCUAACCACUGGACCGCCAGGGAAUUCCCAUGAGCCAACAUUUAAAUCAGGAGAUUUCACAUCACAAUCUAGAUUUCUGGUUUGGUGUUUUGCGGAGA